CCUCUCUUUCGCGAAGGCGAGAAACGCCUCGCGGCUACGGUCCUCGGUGCAGAAAGCCGCGCACCGUUCGUCGCGUCGGCGAGGGCGACGACGGGCGUCGUUAUUCGCGCUGAUUUAGUUGAAGGCUGCGGAUUUACGGAUCUACCCUUGCUGUGGCACGCGGUACGUAUACGACGGGCCGCGCCGAGCCCUUUCUCGUUAGCCGCCUACAUUAUAUUACCCAUCGAGCGGCAUACAUCAUUCCCUCUUUAUGUAAGUAUCUAUAACGGCCCGAGAAACAUUUGCAGCUCUCGCUCCGCGCAAGGGAACGAAACGGAACAGCGCGGCUGGAUACGCGAACGGUGCGCCCGCGUGGGCUGGGCCGGAGUGUGGUGCCGGUGCAGCGGUGCGGGUGAACCGUUCGUGACCGCCGCGCCGCCGCGGAAUUGAUGUACUGCGUCCGGGGAACAAUGCCUCGUACCGGCAUGCGACCAGUG